GAGAAAGGGAAGUAGGAGGCGACUGAACAGGUCAUACAGAAAGGUGCAUCGAGGAAGACACCUAUGUCAAGCUGCAAUAGUCAAGGUUCCUUACAGUUAACUGAAAGAGCGGAAAACGCAGAGUGUUAAAUAGGGAGAGUUGCAUGUGGUAUGACAGGGAUUUGAGCAACAGAGGUAUGGUAUACUGUAGAUCAGAUGCAUCCAAAAUGACGCAUCUCAGUGUAGCUGACGACUGAGCUGGUCUGGGGAYUGGAUUGGGGUCAACUCGGCCUGAACUCGACCUCCGGUUUAGAACCAGUCUCAUUGACCACCUGGCAGAUCAUCAGCGACCUACGACUUAACGCUCUGUUGGGAAUCUACACAACACUUGCCGACAGCGAUGGAGGUGUCUUUGCAGCUGUAUGCGUUGCUGCUGAGUGGAGCGGUCCUCCUGUCACUCAUCCUGUUGACUGGCCUGUGUCUUAGCUGCAGAAGACACAACCUGCCUACGUCCAUUCAGCAGCGUUACAGUGAGGAUUACACUCAGCACACCCCAGGAUUCGGCUUGGCCCACCCACCAUACAACCCCUCUGCUGCCACAAGCUGGGGGGCUCCCCCUUCCAGCCUCCUUUCACCCAUUUCACCACAGAUCGUUCUGAGACCGAACUCUGUCACCCCAACUGAGAAUGAGAGUAACGACGGCUAUGAGAGUCCAGGAGAAGAGUAUGUCAACGAGGUGAUGGAUGACUAUGAACCAGGAUCAGGCUACCUAAUAGUGUUACCAUCAGACCUUCCUGGGACUGGGUCUCUGCGUCAUUCCAACCAAUGUCUCAUCUCCAAAAGCACAGAAAACAGUGGCGCGGUUGGCAAUAUGAAGAUCAAAAUGAAUGUCGACGUGGAAAAGAGUGAUGACAGUGAUGAAGGCAGCAACGACUAUGUCAAUACUAAAGAAAACAAUAGCGCGGAGGUCAAUAUCAAUGUCGACGUGGGAAAGAGUGAUGACAGUGAUGAAGGCAGCAACGACUAUGUCAAUACUAAAGAAAACAGUGGCGCAGAGGGCAAUAUGAAUGUCGAUGUGGAAAAGAGUGAUGACAGUGAUGACGAAGGCAACGACUAUGUCAAUACUAAAGAUAUGUGAAGCCUCCCCAUCAUGUAGCAGAUUCUGACGGGGAGGGAAUUGAGUCGAUCGACUACUGGAUUUAUUAUGUGUGCAACCAAGUUUCAAAGGGAAGACUACACAGCGUAACUAACAUCUACAUAGGGGUUCUGCAAUAUGRACAAGAGCACUGUGCAACUCACUGCUGUGGCUGAUGAAACAUUUCAAAAGACCUUAACCUCAUCCACCAGCCRCCUCCGAACUAUGCAGUAAUAAUUAAGGCCUAGGGAGUUUUAUUGUAUGGUGAAGGGCAAAUGUCUUCGAACACAUCUCUUGGUGCCCCAGCUGCUUGAGUGUGAGCUACCAGCUAUAACCAUAAAUAUUUUUAAGCUCUUUCCUGACUAUUGAAGAGAAAGGAUGACAGUGGGGAAAGAGGUGGUGUCGAAGGGCAGUAGGCCACGGCAUUGUUUUCAAUGUAUGGAUUUUCUGACGACUCCUGAGAAUGUUCGUUCUAGUUUACUCAUUUYCUCUUAGCUGUAUUUCUUUUUACUGUGGAUUCAAAUCUGUUUUGAAAAAAUAAAAGUUGUCACAAUAUAGGAAAUGCUUUGCCAUAAUCUAUAGCCCUAUUUGGACAGGAUGCGUUUUACUGGGGGAGCUCAGUUAAUGUAAUGUGCACCAGCACAAAUCACCACAUCCGUAAUUUGUCCCGUCCAAAUCUGCCAUUUAGUCUUUUUUUAAAUUAUCCCAUCCAAGGUUUUUUGGCAAACUCUCAGGUCCUCUGAUAACUUAUCCYGUCAUCCCUGUGUUGAGGGAUAUUAGAGUAACAGGUGCUGCACCCAGUUUGGGAAAGAACAUKAACAAAUCGAUGCUUAAAAAUAUGCUUUGAUGAAUGAACUUUUGUCACAUCAACUUAGUGCCAUAGUUCUUUUAAAAUAUGAAGUGGACAAUAUUUUGCCAAUAUGUUUGUUAAUUGCCUUUCUAUAAACUGAAAGCCAUUAAGUCAAUAUUAGGCUAUCCCGAGACGUGAAAUAUCUUCAUGCCUAGAAAAGCCUCCAGGCUUCCAUCAUAUUUGAAUGAGGAAGAAAAAAUAAUUAGGGGCAGUUUGGAAAAACGGACAAGCUGGAGUAAUAAUUACAUAGCCGAUGUUCUAUAGUAAUACUAGUCCUGUGCGAAUAGRGCUUAUGAACCAUUGUGUGAUGUUUUCUGAAUGAAUUGAAGCCGAUAUGGGUGGCAUAUAGUUUACUAUUAAAGAUUAGUGGUUCAAAAUCA